AUGAAUCUUUUACAACUCAGUGAUACCAUUUCAAAACGAGGCCAUGACGAUACGUACCGUACAUCAAGGGGGGCCCAAGAGAUGGCCGUUAGUAUUGUCUUCACGAUACUAGCGACAAGUUUUGUUGGGGCUCGCCUUUAUACUCGAAUCAAGCUGAUGAAGAAGAUGGAGGGAAAUGACUGGAUGGUGGUCAUAGCACUGAUCAACUCGUACAUUUUUAUGGGACUGGACAUUGUCGAAGUGGAAAGUGGAAUGGGAAUGCAUUUGAAGGACAUCCCACCUCAGAUAUUCGAGCGGCAGAUGAAGGCAUUCUGGCUUACAGUGCCGUUCUACAACGCUGCCGUCCUAUGCGCAAAGGCCUCAAUCCUAAUGCAAUAUUUCCGCGUGUUUCCAACUCAUCGUAUGCGUGUAGUUUGUUGGAUCACGAUUAUAGUACUAGGCCUUUAUGGCACUUGGGCCGUGUUGAGUGCUUUCCUCAACUGCAUUCCAGUGGCCAAGUUCUGGGACAAUUCAAUCCACGGGUUCUGUUUGAGUAAGACCGCUCUGUGGUUUUCAAAUGCGAGUAUGCAUAUUACGACUGACAUUGCCAUUCUGAUCAUUCCUAUUCCUGCUCUGAUGACGAUCGAAAUUCCCAGAAAGCAAAAGUUGAUCUUGAUGAUGAUGUUUGCACUUGGUGGCUUUGUUUGCAUCACAAGUAUUGUUAGAUUGACCAGUCUGAAGAAAAUCUCUGAAUCAAUAGAUCCUACAUACGAUAACGUUAGUGCCGCAUCAUGGUCUGCUGUUGAAUGUAAUACUGGAAUUAUAUGCGCAUGUCUACCUACCCUCAAACCCCUUUUGUCAAGGAUUAUGCCGAGUUUCAUCUCCGGUAUUGGUGGAAGCCGGCCCAACUACGGUGGCCGUAUAUCGACCCAUAGAACAGGUACCUGGAACGAUGAUUCCAUGUUCCGUGCUCCUGGUGAAAGUAUUGAAUACGGAUCAUACAAUCUUGGACGUGUGCUUGCUUUUGGGCCUGGCGAUGGCUCUUACUAUGAAACGACUGUCUCUAAAGACGAGAAGGGACAAUUCCCUGGCGCCACUACUGAGCUUACUGAGCUGACUAAAGUUGUCCGACAUCAUUCAUGA